AUGGCUUUUACCCUUCAAACAAUCCCACCAUCACUGGUCGCAGCAAGUGAAGCACGAGGAGGUAAUCCAAUGGGCAUCCCAUCCCAAGCACAUCAAUUUUGUACUCCCAAGCUCCACCAACCUUUAUUAGCGAAAACUCCCUGACACCCUCCAAGGGUGGACCACCGUGACCGAUAGGGUCUCUCCAGCUGACGAUGAAAUCGUACUGGAUGCCGUCAAAUCGAUUGCUGACCAGUUUGAAAUCCUCGGUGCAUCUCGAAACUCUAAUCUUCCAUAUCUAUAUAUGAAUGAUUGCUAUGCAGAUCAGAAUCCUCUAGCUCAAUACCCGACUACGAAUAUUCGAACAUCGAAAGAGGUUGCUGCGAAAUAUGAUCCUACUGAAGUAUUUCAGCUCUUGCAAAAGGAUGGAUUUCUGCCGUCGAGGUUGUAA